AUGGCCAUUUGGAUUGUGCCCUCUUUAUGCGGUCCGCCACCCUCUUCUGGGCACCAUCACUCGCAGUUGCCUUCACAGACGCCGUCAGACACGUUCGGACAGUCUUUGGGUUGUGAAAUUGUGGCGAAUUGCUGCGACCCUGACAUGAAUUGCUUUCAUUGCGAGUCGAGCAGUCGACCAGCCCAUACCCUACCGCUAAAACCGCUAUCACAUUCACACCAAUACGUUCGACAGUCGGCCAUCUUUGGCAUUUUUGCCGAUACCAGCUGA